UCAGCCGCGCGCCCUCCCGAACUCUCGGGAUAAAUCGGCGCGAAACAGUUUUAAAACUAAAACCGCUCUUCCAAUUUCAAAAAUUACAUUCGAAAAAUUAUUAUGAUUCGCUGAUUCGUUGCUGUGCUGUGAUUGGUGCGUUUUUAAGAAAACAGCAGAAUGCCUAUAGGCAACGUGAACAAGGAAGCUCCUCCGAAGCGGGAGACCUUCAGGCCUCCCUGGGUCAAGGAGAAAGACACAGAAGCACCCCCACCAUGGACCCAGGGUAGGAAGCUGAAGCCAGUGGACGCCAAGCCAAGCCCAGCUGAAGAGCCAGCACCAAAACCUGUUAAAGAGCCAGCACUGAAAGCUAAAGAGCCAGAACCGAAAGCUAAAGAGCCGGAGCCAAAAGCUGUGAAAACUGUGAAAGAGCCAUUCUCAAAGCCUUUAGAACCUGUGGUGCCGAGGACCACUGUAAAAGUGGCACCUAAAGCUCAAGCAUCCAUCAAGGAAAAAAGUCAAAACGGUGUAGUAGAUAAAUUGGAAAAAGCAGAAAAAACCGACAAAGCUGAAACAGUUAUUGAAGACAAACUUGUAAAGCCAUCUGCAGCCAAACAGGCUGACAAAGCAUCUAGACCACCAGAUGAAAAACCUAGAUUUACCAAAUCCAGCCUAAAGAAAACUGUCAAAGUUGAAGAACCUCCCACAAACAAAGCUCCUGAAAGACCCACUCUAAGAAGUGUCAGGACGAUUGAUGAUAAAAACAAAGAAAAAUCAGUAACUAUAUCAGAGAGACCUAAGGUAUCUCCAGAAAAGACCAUUGCUCCAAAGACCAAUCAUGUAAAUAAUGAUAAAUCAGCAGUAAAUGGUAAAAAAGUUAACUCAAUUUUGAAAGAGAAAGUUACCGGUAAGCCUAAAGAAGAAAUAGAGAAAGUAGAAGAGAAACCCAAAAUGGCUACUAAACCACCCACUCCUUUGGAAAAAACUCCAUCAAAGCUACCACCUCGCAAGCCUUCUAUACAGAAGCAGAUGUCAAAAGAUGAGCCGGUGAAGAAAUGGAGGGACCCCCUCCACGAGAGGGUGAAGGAAAACAUCGACAAGACUCUCGCCAAUGAAAUACCCAAAGGACACACGCUCACCAAAAAUGAGAGUUUAAGAAGCCUGCUCAAGCCGACGCCGCCGCCGCCCCCGCCGCCUCUCCCACCCAAAAUGCCGCCACCGCCGGAGUUCAAGAAACCGUCUCUUGACCCUGAGAAGCUGAAGAAGAUAGAGCAGCUCCGCAGCCGUCCGCGCAGGCGUCCCGACUGGAGCGACAUGAUGAAGGAGGUGGAGCAGGGGAGGAAGCUGAAGAAAGUCGUCUGUAAUGACAGAUCAAGCCCAGUGAUAACACGAUCGGCCGUGGUCAAGAAUAAAGAACAGUUUAUCUUCGAGUCUGAAAAGCCGACUGCUCACAAUGAUUUGUUGAAGGAGAUCAACAAGGGAGUCAAGCUAAAGAAGACAAAGACCAACGACAGGAGUAAACCGAAUCUUGAGGGCUUGAGGAAAUUCAGAAGACAAAUGACGAUCGAAGAGCAAGUCCUGAAGUCGAUGUCGCAGGCGAAUCUACUGGCUGCUUCUCCUUCUGGAGCGUCGGUCUGUGAUGCCGCCGGAGUCAUGCCAGGCAUUCUUGGUGUUGAUGAUGACGACAUCGAUGAAAUGGACGAUAUUGAUAAGGUCCGAGAUGACCUUCAGUCGACUAAGCAACUCUUGCAAAUAGAACUCAGAAACAAAGAAGCUCAAGAACGAGAAAACAAGCGGCUACAGACGAGAAUAAAGAACUUAGAAGCGGAAUUAGCAAGAGAAAGAGCUUUAGCCAGACAAGAGCAGCACAAAACAGUGAUAUCAGUCACCGACGCCUACGACGAGAGACUGGUCAACAGUCUUAAGUCAGAAAUUGAAAGAUUUAGAGAAACCGCGGAUAAUUUAGAGAAACAAUAUUUGGAAGCCGCCGAAGAAAGAGACGAUGCACAGAAAGAACUGGAUGAAGUGAAACGAAAGAACGCAGAGUUAGAGAAGAAGUUAGAACAAGCUUUAUCGGUAGAGAUUGAACAAGCGUACAUAGUUUCAGAGGAGCCAUUAUCGUUUUACCAGAAGAGGCAGAUCGAUUUUGAGAAGCAAUGUAGGUUGUUGAACAUUGAUAUUAACUCUGAAGAAGCUUACAGCUUGAGAAAGUCUGCCGCUAAAACUGAUGUUCAUAACAAUAACGCUUAUAGCUAUGAUGAUAAUACCAACGCUUAUAGUUCUAGAUGGGAUGACGAGGGUAUAGUCCCCACGAACGCCGGGUCUCGGAGGUCGAGCCACGCCAUCAAGCAGCUGUCUGUCACGAAGGACGACAGCUUCGAAGAGGAGGAGGAAUCAGAGCCAGAGGAGGAGGAGAGUGAAGAGAAGAAACAGAAGCGGAUGGAGAAGGAGGUGCGCAACAUGAGGUCCAAGAUCAGCCACCUGAAGCAGAAGCAGGACACCAUGAAGAGCGAGCGGGUCGCCUACAAGAUGAUGCUGAAGAACCAGCAGGCGGCGCUCAAAAACGAGAAAAAGAAAUACAAGGAGCUAAAACGCGAAGUAGACAAAAUGGCUGCCAUGAUGAAGGAAGUUGGGUCUGAUGAAGAAGAUGAUGAAGACGAGGAUGAUGAGGACGAGGAAGAGGAACAGAAGUCCUCGAGUGAGGAAGAGGAAACGGAAACGGAAACUGAACAGGAUACUGAGAGCGAGACGGAGAGCGAGAGCGAGCCAGAGGAUGCACCAAUUCCAAAGAAGAAAGAUAACCUGAUGACAAGAUUAAAGAGGCACGAGACAAGAGUGAAUGCUUUGAAAAAAGGAAAUGCUUUACUAAUAGCCAACGUGGAUCGAAUGAAAGACGAGGUGUUGAAGCAAAGAGACGAAUCGGCAUCACUGAAGAAAGAAUUAGAUUCACUCAUUGAAGAUCUCGAGUAGGCUAAAAGUUUUUUAAGUAUUUUUUUUCGCUUAAAAUGCACCAGAUACUUUUUGUUGCGCACAAAGCUAUACAACCUUCAUAAGGUUAAAAUUUAAGUAUUCACUGUAUUAUUGAUUUAAAACAUGGCUUUUUAUAAAUGUGACUGCUACCCUGCGCCCUGCCCUUAUUUCAUUGCAAUCAGAGGUAACUAUGGGUCAUCACAACUUGAGUUUCACAAACAUAAUCUCGCAACAUAACCGCUAUAGCUAUAAAAUUUUAUAAAAUCUAACUAAAAACUAUACCUAUGUAAUUUAGUAACUAUCUAAGUAACUAACUGGUUACAAUGGGUAUAUAGUUAUGAAGUUUAAGAUGAAUAAUAAGAUACCAAAACAUUAAGUAUUAAAAUAUGAAAAAUACGUUACCACCUAAUCUCCUAACUACUACAAUAAAAUUUUGUGAUAUACGAUUAAGCAUGAACUUAUUUGUAUUUUGGGAAACUAUGUAUUUUGUACCAAAGCAGUUAAAUAUAUCGACUUAUGAUUUAUCAAAAUAAACCAUGUUCAAUGAUA